GACUGGACGUGGACGUGGACGUGGACAUGGACGUGGACAUGGACGUCGACGUGGACAUGGACGUGGAGGACGUGGACGUGGACGUGGACGUGGACCUGGACGUGGACGUAGACGUGGACAUGGGCGUGGACGUGGACGUGGACGUGGACGUGGACGUGGACGUGGACGUGGACGUGGACAUGGACGUGGACGUGGACGUGGACGUGGACGUGGCCGUGGACGUGGACAUGGAAGUGGACGUGGACGUGGACAUGGACGUGGAGGACGUGGACAUGGACGUGGACGUGGUUGUGGACAUGGACGUGGACGUGGACGUGGACUUGGACGUGGACGUGGAGAUGGACGUGGACGUGGACGUGGACGUGGACGUGGACUUGGACGUGGACGUGGACGUGGACGUGGACGUGGACGUGGACGUGGACUUGGACGUGGACAUGGACGUGGAGGACUUGGACGUGGACUUGGACGUGGACAUGGAUGUGGACGUGGACGUGGAUGUGGACAUGGACGUGGACGUGGAGAUGGACGUGGACGUGGACGUGGACGUGGACUUGGACGUCGACAUGGACGUGGAGGACUUGGACGUGGACGUGGACGUGGACGUGUAUGUGGACGUGGACGUGGACGUGGAUGUGGACAUGGACGUGGACGUGGACGUGGACGUGGACGUGGAGAUGGACAUGGACGUGGACUUGGACGUGGACGUGGACGUGGACGUGGACGUGGACAUGGACGUGGACGUGGACGUGGACGUGGACGUGGACCUGGACGUGGACGUGGACGUGGACGUGGACUUGGACGUGGACGUGGAGGUGGACGUGGACAUGGACGUGGACGUGGACGUGGACGUGGACAUGGACGUGGAGGUGGACGUGGACAUGGACAUGGACGUGGACGUGGACGUGGACGUGGACGUGGACGUGCACGUGGACGUGGACGUGGACGUGGACGUGGACGUGGACAUGGACGUGGACGUGGACGUGGACGUGGACGUGGACGUGGACAUGGACGUGGACGUGGACGUGGACUUGGACAUGGACGUGAACGUGGACGUGGACGUGGACGUGGUCGUGGACGUGGUCGUGGACAUGGACGUGGACGUGGACGUGGACGUGGACGUGGACGUGGACAUGGACGUGGACGUGGACGUGGACGUGGACGUGGACGUGGACGUGGACGUGGACGACGUGGACGUGGACGUGGACAUGGACGUGGACGUGGACGUGGACGUGGACGACGUGGACGUGGACGUGGACAUGGACGUGGACGUGGACGUGGACGUCGACGUGGACAUGGACGUGGACGUGGACGUGGACGUGCACAUGGACGUGGACGUGGACAUGGACGUGGACGUGGACGUGGACGUGGACAUGGACGUGGACGUGGACGUGGACCUGGACGUGGACGUGGACGUAGACCUGGACGUGGAUGUGGACGUGGACGUGGACGUGGACGUGGACAUGGACGUGGACGUGGACGUGGACGUGGACGUGGACGUGGAGGUGGACAUGGACAUGGACGUGGACGUGGACGUGGACGUGGACUUGGACGUGGACAUGGACGUGGACGUGGACGUGGACAUGGACGUGGACGUGGACGUGAACCUGGACGUGGACUUGGACGUGGACAUGGACGUGGAGGACUUGGACGUGGACGUGGAUGUGGACAUGGAUGUGGACAUGGACGUGGACGUGGAUGUGGACAUGGACGUGGACGUGGACGUGGACGUGGACGUGGAGAUGGACGUGGACGUGGACGUGGACGUGGACUUGGACGUGGACAUGGACGUGGAGGACUUGGAUGUGGACGUGGACGUGGACAUGGAGGUGGACGUGGACGUGGACGUGGAUGUGGACAUGGACUUGGACGUGGACGUGGACGUGGACGUGGACGUGGACAUGGACGUGGACGUGGAUGUGGACGUGGACCUGGACGUGGACGUGGACGUGGACGUGGACGUGGACGUGGACGUGGACAUGGACGUGACGUGGACGUGGACAUGGACCGUGGACGUGGACUUGGACGUGGACUUGGACGUGGACGUGGACGUGGACGUGGACUUGGACGUGGACGUGGACGUGGACGUGGACAUGGACGUGGACGUGGACGUGGACGUGGACAUGGACGUGGGCGUGGACGUGGACGUGGACGUGGCGUGGGACGACUUGGACGUGGACGUGGAUGUGGACAUGGAUGUGGACAUGGACGUGGACGUGGAUGUGGACAUGGACGUGGACGUGGACGUGGACGUGGACGUGGAGAUGGACGUGGACGUGGACGUAGGACUGGACGUGGACGUGGACGUGGACGUGGACGUGGACAUGGACGUGGACGUGGACGUGGACAUGGACGUGGACGUGGACGUGGACAUGGACAUGGACGUGGACGUGGACGUGGACGUGGACAUGGACGUGGACGUGGACGUGCACAUGGACGUGGACGUGGACGUGGACAUGGACGUGGACAUGGACGUGGACGAGGACGUGGACGUGGACGUGGACGUGGACAUGGACGUGGACCUGGACGUGGACGUGGACGUGAACGUGGACGUGGACGUGGACGUGGACAUGGACGUGGACGUGGAGGUGGACUUGGACAUGGACGUGAACGUGGACGUGGACGUGGACGUGGUCGUGGACGUGGACGUGGACAUGGACGUGGACGUGGACGUGGACGUGGACGUGGACGUGGACGUGGACGUGGUCGUGGACGUGGACAUGGACGUGGUCGUGGACGUGGCCUUGGACGUGGACAUGGACGUGGACGUGGACGUGGACAUGGACGUGGACGUGGACGUGGACGUGGACGUGGACUUGGACGUGGACGUGGACGUGGACGUGGAGGACUUGGACGUGGACGUGGACGUGGACGUGGACGUGGACAUGGAUGUGGACGUAGACAUGGACGUGGACGUGGACGUGGACAUGGACAUGGACGUCGACAUGGACGUGGAGGACUUGGGCGUGGACGUGGACGUGGACGUGGACGUGGACGUGGAUGUGGACGUAGACAUGGACGUGGACAUGGACGUAGACGUGACAUGGACGUGGACGUGGACGUGGACGUCGACGUGGACAUGGACGUGGACCGUGGACGUGGACAUGGACGUGGACGUCGACGUGGACAUGGACGUGGACAUGGACGUGGACCUGGACGUGGACGUGGACGUGGACAUGGAUGUGGACGUGGACGUGGACAUGGCCGUGGACGUGGACGUGGACAUGCACGUGGACGUGGACAUGGACAUGGACGUGGACGUGGACGUGGAGAUGGACGUGGACGUGGACAUGGACGUGGACGUGGACGUGGACAUGGACGUGGACGUGAACAUGGACGUGGACGUGGACAUGGACAUGGACGUGGACGUGGACGUGGACAUGGACGUGGACGUGGACGUGGACAUGGACGUGGACGUGGACAUGAACAUGGACGUGGACGUGGACGACAUGGACGUGGACGUGGACAUGGACGUGGACGUUGACGUGGAGGUGGACAUGGACGUGGACGUGGACAUGGACGUGGACGUGGACGUGGACGUGGAGGUGGACAUGGAUGUGGACGUGGACGUGGACAUGGACGUAGACGUGGACGUGGACAUGGACAUGGACGUGGACGUGGACAUGGACGUGGACGUGGACGUGGACAUGGACGUGGACAUGGACAUGGACGUGGACGUGGACGUGGACUCGGACGUGGACGACUUGGACGUGGACAUGGACGUGGACGUGGACAUGGACGUGGACAUGGACGUGGACGUGGACGUGGACGUGGACGUGGACGUGGACGUGGACGUGGAUAUGGACGUGGACGUGGACGUGGACGUGGACGUGGACAUGGACGUGGACGUGGACGUGGACGUGGACGUGGACGUGGACGUGGACAUGGACGUGGACGUGGACGUGGACGUGGACGUGGCCGUGGACGUGGACAUGGAAGUGGACGUGGACGUGGACGUGGACAUGGACGUGGAGCACGUGGACGUGGACGUGGACGUGGAUGUGGACAUGGACGUGGACGUGGACGUGGACGUGGACGUGGACUUGGACGUGGACAUGGACGUGGACGUGGACGUGGACAUGGACGUGGAUGUGGACGUGGACCUGGACGUGGACGUGGACUUGGACGUGGACAUGGACGUGGAGGACUUGGACGUGGACGUGGACGUGGACAUGGAUGUGGACGUGGAUGUGGACAUGGACGUGGACGUGGACAUGGAGAUGGACGUGGACGUGGACGUGGACGUGGACUUGGACGUGGACAUGGACGUGGAGGACUUGGACGUGGACGUGGACGUGGACGUGGAUGUUGACGUGGACGUGGACGUGGAGGUGGACAUGGACGUGGACGUGGACGUGGACGUGGAGAUGGACGUGGACGUGGACUUGGACGUGGACGUGGACGUGGACGUGGACGUGGACGUGGACGUGGACCUGGACGUGGACGUGGACGUGGACGUGGACUUGGACGUGGACGUGGACGUGGACGUGGACGUGGACCUGGACGUGGACGUGGACGUGCACAUGGACGUGGACGUGGACGUGGACAUGGACGUGGACGUGGACGUGGACGUGGACGUGGACGUGGACAUGGAUGUGAACCUGGACGUGGACGUGGACGUGGACGUGAACGUGGACGUGGACGUGGACGUGGACAUGGACGUGGAUGUGGACGUGGACUUGGACAUGGACUUGGACAUGGACGUGGACGUGGACGUGGUCGUGGACGUGGUCGUGGACGUGGUCGACUUCGACGUGGACGUGGACGUGGACAUGGAUGUGGACGUGGACGUGGACGUGGAUGUGGACAUGGACGUGGACGUGGACGUGGACGUGGACUUGGACGUGGACGUGGAGAUGGACGUGGACGUGGACGUGGACGUGGAUGUGGACGUGGACGUGGACAUGGACGUGAACGUGGACGUGGACGUGGACCUGGACGUGGACGUGGACGUGGACGUGGACCUGGACGUGGACGUGGACUUGGACGUGGACAUGGACGUGGACGUGGACGUGGACGUGGAUGUGGACGUGGACGUGGACGUGGACAUGGACGUGGACGUGGACGUGGAGAUGGACGUGGACGUGGACGUGGACGUGGACUUGGACGUGGACGUGGACGUGGACGUGGACUUGGACGUGGACAUGGACGUGGAGGACUUGGACGUGGACCUGGACGUGGACAUGGAGGUGGACGUGGACGUGGACGUGGAUGUGGACGUGGACGUGGACGUGGACGUGGACGUGGACGUGGACGUGGACGUGGACGUGGACAUGGACGUGGACGUGGACGUGGACGUGGACCUGGACGUGGACGUGGACGUAGACGUGGACGUGGACGUGGACGUGGACGUGGACAUGGACGUGGACGUGGACGUGGACGUGGACGUGGACCUGGACGUGGACGUGGACGUGGACGUGGACGUGGACAUGGACGUGGACGUGGACGUGGACGUGGACGUGGACGUGGACGUGGACGUGGACAUGGACAUGGAUGUGGACGUGGACGUGGACGUGGACGUGGACAUGGACGUGGACCGUGGACGUGCACAUGGACGUGGACGUGGACAUGGACAUGGACGUGGACGUGGACGUGGACAUGACGUGGACGUGGACGUGGACGUGGACGUGGACAUGGAGGUGGACGUGGACGUGGACGUGGACGUGGACGUGGACGUGGACGUGGACGUGGACAUGGACGUGGACAUGGACGUGGACAUGGACGUGGACGUGGACGUGGACGUGGAGGACAUGGACGUGGAGGACUUGGACGUGGACAUGGACGUGGACGUGGACGUGGACGUGGACGUGGACAUGGACGUGGCCGUGGACAUGGACGUGGACAUGGACAUGGACGUGGACAUGGACGUGGACCUGGACCUGGACGUGGACGUGGACCUGGACGUGGACGUGGACGUGGACAUGGACGUGGACGUGGACGUGGACGUGGACGUGGACGUGGAGGUGGACGUGGACGUGGACGUGGACAUGGACGUGGACUUGGACGUGGACAUGGACGUGGACGUGGACGUGGACGUGGACGAGGACGUGGACGUGGACGUGGACGUGGACGAGGACGUGGACGUGGACGUGGACGUGGACGUGGACAUGGACGUGGACGUGGACGUGGACAUGGACGUGGAGGUGGACGUGGACAGGGACGUGGAGGUGGACGUGGACGUGGACGUAGACGUGGACGUGGACGUGGACGUGGAUAUGGACGUGGACGUGGACGUGGACGUGGACCUGGACGUGGACCUGGACGUGGACGUGGACGUGGACGUGGACAUGGACGUGGACAUGGACGUGGACGUGGACGUGGACAUGGACGUGGAGGUGGACGUGGACGUGGACUUGGACGUGGACAUGGACGUGGACGUGGACGUGGACGUGGACGUGGACGAGGACGUGGACGUGGACGUGGACGUGGACGAGGACGUGGACGUGGACAGGGACGUGGAGGUGGACGUGGACGUGGACGUAGACGUGGACGUGGACGUGGACGUGGACGUGGACAUGGACGUGGACGUGGACGUGGACGUGGACCUGGACGUGGACCUGGACGUGGACGUGGACGUGGACAUGGACGUGGACAUGGACGUGGACGUGGACGUGGACAUGGACGUGGAGGUGGACGUGGACAGGGACAUAGACGUGGACGUGGAGGUGGACAUGGACGUGGACGUGGAGGUGGACGUGGACGUGGACGUGGACGUGGACCUGGACGUGGACGUGGACGUGGACGUGGACGUGGACGUGGACUUGGACGUGGACAUAGACGUGGACGUGGACGUGGACGUGGACGUGGACAUGGACGUGGACGUGGACGUGGACGUGGACUUGGACGUGGACAUGGACGUGGACAUGGACGUGGACGUGGACUUGGACGUGGACAUGGACGUGGACGUGGACAUGGACGUGGACAUGGACGUGGACGUGGACUUGGACGUGGACAUGGACGUGGACAUGGACGUCCACGUCUACUGA